GAGAUGUCAGGUCGUCUAAGCCCUAAACUUUUUAACCUCCAGCAGGGAAUCUUAAAGGAAGCAGUCAGGUUCGUUCCAGAAACCGGUUUCACCAACCUUACUCUUUUAAGUGCCUUGAAAGCAUAUAGUAAAACCCAAAAUGUUACGGACUCCGCCAUUUCAAAAAUGUUCAAUCGAGGUUUUCCCAUUAUUUUAGUGGAAUUUAUCGUUAGGGAAAGUAACGCGUAUGUUCAGAAUGAACUCCUCAAGAAAUAUAACAAGGAAAGCUUGUUCCGUAUGAUCCAAGAAAACGAAGAUAACUACCUUAGCGGCCGAUAUCGUCUUCCGGAGGUAAAAGAAGUUGCUGUAGAUUCCAUUACCUACAAACUAUCUUAUCUAAAUCCUUUUCUUGAACAGUGGCCAAAUGCGGUUGCACUGGAAUACUCGGUCUCUAAUAUUCCUUAUACGAUGCUUAACUUUGCGCAGUUUACCGAUACGGCUGCCCAUGUAAUGGAACGCGUUGAAAACUUUGCGAAUAUUAUGGAACCAAUUAGAAACAUUUUGAAUUCCAAAAAACUGAGUCAUUUCAUACCGACGGAUGUAAGAAAAACAUCCGAUUGUGGCAAUAAGUACACGAACAACAUGGUCUUUAUGCGCACAUCUAUCCAAGGUGUUCCGCUCUCAUCUGGGCCGCAUAUGGGUGAAAGCAGUUUCAGUUUUCCCUGGUUUACCAAAAGGGCAAAAGUUGCUGCUCUUUAUUCUCUAUCCAUGACUUCUGUAUUAGGAGAUACUUCUUUUAACAAAAAUGAAACUAAAAAUCUUCUAAUGUCAAUAGCCGAUACAAUAUUCUAGAAAUUAGAAUAACUCUAAAUUCAAAAAACGAGGCUUUUCUGUAGAGUUAGUCUAUGAAAUCAUUAGCCCUGGAUGAGAAACGAAGCAUUUAAGAAGUAUAUUACUUCUUAAAUAAGCAGAAAUCCUCUGUCUUAUAAUGCGGAAGAGUCCUUUUGUCCAAUACUUCUCCGUGAUUUACAUAUCACAUUGGUGUACUGAAUGUUAUUGUGUAGGUAUAGCACCUGAUAAACGUUUAACAGAGGCAGAAUAGUUGUCAAAAAAGUCUUGCACCUUCGCUUUAUCCACGUUUUCACUAACAGUGGAUAAUGUAUGCAUACAUAGCAAGGGGUUUCGUUAACAAUUCUUAAGGAAAAAUACUGAAGUGGUAAGGGAAAACAGUUGUCUAAAAGGAUUGGCAAUUACACAUAAAAUCGACGUGGUUUAUUGUGCAAUGUGUGGAAGCUAGUGGAUAUUUUCUGUUGCAAUAAGUGCGGCAAAUGGGUAGUUUUAUUUUCCUCAUUCAAAACAUCCCAAAUGAAGCAUCUAUUGCAAUAUUAGGCAUUCACUUGUCGAAUCCAUCUGGUACAUAUACAAACCCUUGAUGAUGGGAAAUACUUGGACUCGAUUGCCGAAGCUUUCAGAAAAGAGAAACAUUCGGAUUGCUCCGUAAAUUUUUUGAAGAAAAGGACUACGAGUUAUGGUUAGCUUGAUCAUAUAAGUAUCAUCUUCGCACCGUUAACAUUCAAAACUAAUGUUCUAAAGGCUGGAGUAUCUUCACUCGUAAAAUGCACCAAAAUUUAUCAGUGCAUUUGGAACUGUGGUUUCUUUAAGACAUGAUUCCUUAUAAUGUGGAAAGCGUACUCUGUGUUUUUUUCAUACCUCCAUUCUACUGUAGUCGGUCUUAGAAAUCCGUCAUGAUAUUCCGGUUAAAUCUUGUCCUCUUAUCGUUUCAAAAAAAAAAAAGAAGCCGCGGUUAAGCUGGAUAUUUCUUGUUAAGUUAAUGGAUAGCAUACCAGAUCAUACUGAAAUUACUCAACUGUUUAUCUGAAUAUUUUUUCAGUCUAGACCCUUCAUAUUUCUUUUUCCUGUAUCACUUUACCUUAGCAUUACACUUUUUUAAAUUAUUCUUACAUAAUAUGCGUGCAGCAGACUAUUAGCUAAUCAAAUGACAACAACGAACUUCUAUCCUGCCAAAGGCAAAAUACACCUGGAAACUUGUAUCUAAUCGUUCAUGGAUCCCCUUAAUGUCUUGUUAUUCCUUUAACUGGAACAUGAUCCCCGAUCAUGCUGAGAGUUGAGUAUUGAAUUCUACUGACUGGCUUAGUUCAUUCGUAUUGAACUUUUUUCAUCCAUUAUACGAGAUUCACAACACUCUCAACAUGCAUUUAUAAUAUUUUGCAUAGCGUCACUCUUGUUAUGUCACUUCUCACGAUUUUUUUUUGUGGGAGUAUAGACCCUGAUAAAUAUUAUAUGAGGUUUCAUAGGUCGUCUAAAUUCAACUAGCUUUACUACUAAGAACAUAUCGAUUACAGUGACAAGAUAUGGAUGCGAUUGGUAACUCCAGUGAAUAGAUAUACGAAAGCAUCAUAUACAUAUUAACCACCCUAGUUAUACCUGGCAUGUAUUCAGUGCAACUAGUUGUUGUCAUUGUUAAUAGUCUGCCUUGCAUACUCAGAAGUAUUAAUCUAAGUUGCGAUAUCUUGCCGCAAGUCUUUAUGAAUUCUAAAACCUGUGCGUUAUCAUAAACAACACACUACUAAUAUAUGCAUCAUUAAAUGCAUGUGACGAUUAAAUCUUAAAAAUGAAUGAUACAUAGGAUUCCUUACUAUUUUACUCCCCCGAAAAAAAGAAA